GGUCCUCACAUUGCGAUUGCCAUCUCGUACGGUGAGCUGUCCAACAGAACAGAUUUGAGGAGAAGUUGACGAUCAUUACUAGCACUCGUCUCUUUACGGAGUCAAAAUCUAUAGUUAUUUCCCGCUUGUUCCGUGUGUGGUGAAGGCAGCAGGAGACCAUGGACGUGGUCCGGGGGUUAUUGUGCCUGUUCUCGGUGCUGGUAUCUGAGAUGUUCAUGGUGGCCGCGUUCUCCCAGAGCAUGGACAGCGACUUCACAUUUACACUCCCUUCCGGACGGAAGGAGUGCUUCUUCCAGACCAUGAAGAAGGACGCAUCGCUGGAGAUAGAAUAUCAGGUGUUGGACGGAGCAGAUCUGGACGUUGACUUCAGCCUGUCCUCUCCUACUGGACACGUUCUGUACAGCGACCACCGCAAGUCAGACGGCGUACACACUGUAGAGACGGAGGACGGAGACUACAUGUUUUGUUUUGACAACUCGUUCUCGGCAGUAUCGGAAAAGAUCAUUUUCUUCGAGCUGAUCAUGGACAACAUGGAACAGGAAGGGGAGGAGCCAGAGGACUGGAAGGAGUACAUCCAUGGGACUGACAUGUUGGACAUGAAGCUGGAGGACAUCAUGGACACCAUCAACAGUGUUAAAGCCCGGCUGGGGAAGAGCCUUCAGAUACAGACGCUGCUCAAAGCCUUCGAGGCCCGCGACCGCAACAUACAAGAGUCCAACUACAACCGGGUCAACAUGUGGUCCAUGACCAACAUGCUGGUGAUGGUGCUGGUGACAGGGGUGCAGGUCUAUCUCAUCCGCUCGCUGUUUGACGACAAGAGACACACACGCACGUAACAACCCGCCCACUGGGAGGGGUCGGGGAGGGACCGGCAGCUCUGUCUUGAUCAGCCAGCCAAUAGGGAGUGGGGACUGGUGGUUAAGAUGCAACCGUAACUCAUUGGUUUUUAUGUACAACAUGCACUCACAUACAUCGCACAUCGCACAAAUGACCUACCCAUCCAGUCUCUUCAUCUGCUCUGUCUAGCUGCUGAGGGACAUUCGUAUCUGCUCUGUCUAGCUGCUGAGGGACAUUAUUCGUAUCUGCUCUGUCUAGCUGCCGAGGUACAUUAUUCGUAUCUGCGCUGUCUAGCUGCCGAGGGACAUUAUUCGUCUCUGCUCUGUCUAGCUGCCGAGGGACAUUAUUCGUAUCUGCUCUGUCUAGCUGCCGAGGGACAUUAUUCGUAUCUGCUCUGUCUAGCUGCCGAGGGACAUUAUUCGUAUCUGCUCUUGUCUAUCUAAAAAUCAGUGGAGGGUGAGACACCAGCCAGACCUUCAGAGUCAUUGGCUUUUAAAAGCGAGCGUAACGAACAAGUGUUUACCAUUGAUAUGGUAAUGUGACCUCUCAACUUUGUCUUCCAGACACUGAGGUGAGACUGCUCUGUCCGUGUCACAUCUUUCAAUGUCUCCCAGUAUAUGAUCUGUAAGUCAUGUUGCCAAGCCUUUUACUGGAGUAGGUUGUUGAUAUACCUGUAGAGAUUCUGAUUUAGCAGUCUGUGCCAUACUACCAAAACGUUUGCCUUCCAAACCGUGGCUGGAGUGGACAGCAUGUGCACGCACACACACACUUUCACACUCUUUCAGAUACACUCACACAAUCUCUUACCCACACACUAACACAUUUCUUCAUAGAAACAUCUGCUGCCUGCCAGUGCCAGCCCUCCUUUCUGUGGCUGGCCUUUUGGCUGCUUGGUGAGUAGAGUAGGGGAAAGGGAAUAGUUUAUUCCGUAACCCUCUAAAUCACUGCUGUACUCUUCCACUCCCUCCUCCUCCUGACUUCCACCUAUAACUCAUGUCCUGAUGGUCUAAUGUCAGACUUAGUGCCGACAGGCGAGUCUGGUUUCAGUCCUACAGAUUGAUGAGAUGUGGAGUCCGCUCUGCCCCUCUCUUUUUCUCUAGUGACCACAUUCUAUUUCUAACAACCACACCCUGCACCUCAUUGGGGCAUGGAAGGUUUCUUGGAGAAGGGUUGCUUGGGACUGAAUGAGGUGGGGAGUGGUUGGGAGAUCCACUAAUUGACUUAUUUGGCUUUAUUUUGUAGAUUGUCCAAUAGUGUACAUGACAGAGCUACAAAUGUACACACUUGUGGUUGAUACACUGAUAUGUGCCAAGAUUUUGGAGCAGCCAAACAAGUUGUCUGAAUGCUCUCUAAAUGCUCCCUAUAUUACAGAAAUGUUCCAAAAAAUACUCAACACAGCAGCACAGUGACACCACACCGCCAUCUUGUGGCUGGACAGUGAACUGCUCACUAUCUCACCUCUAGGACUGGCUUUAAAAAAUAUAUAUAUAUUUUUUAAUUUAAAAAAAAUAAUAAUUUAACCUUUAUCUAGGCAAGUCAGUUAAGAACAAAUUCUUAUUUACAAUGACUGCCUACUCCGGCCAAAUCCAGACAAUGCUGGGCCAAUUGUGUACCACCCUAUGGGAUUCCCAAUCACGUCCGGAUGUGAUACAGCCUGGAUUCAAACCAGGUACUAUAGUGAAGUCUCUUACACUGGGAUGCAGUGCCUUAGACCGCUGCGCCACUCGGGAGCCCAGCUUUCAACCUAUCCCUGCUUUGAAAUAUGAAAUAUUACAGUGAUGCAGUAUCCACUCUCUGACAAUGAAAGAAUAACAUAAAAUGUGAUGUUUGAGGGGUCUUGCAAUGUGCUAUUAUGAGCUCCCUCUCAUUUACAGCUACUCAAACCAUUGGGCGAGUUAGUUUUGCAUAGCAUGGUGCCCCGGAUGGGCAGAGUUUACGCAUUUUAGACCAUUUCAUUAGUCCACCUACACCGGGUCAUGCCAAAUUAACUCGCCCAUUGUAAUGGUUGUAUUGCCACUGCCUCUCUCUACCCACCAUGUUCUGUCAUUAGUAUUUUAGCUGAUGCUCAAACAAGCAUAACAUUGGGUGAUUUUAAUAAGUGAAAUGAAGUGCUUAAAAUCCACAGAAUUUCACUGUUCUGUUCCAACCUUUUGUUCCUUUCUGAACAAGAAUAUUAUAUUUUGAAGAACAGACUCAACUCUUACCCUACAAACAAGUUGUUUAGGAUAGUGUUUUAUUUUACUAAUCUGAUGGAACAAGGAGAGGAGAAAAUAUUCUGGGAUAUUUAUCAGAAUAAUGUUCUGUAGAUGUAAAUGUGUGUAAAUGAAACAAUCCUACUUUUCUGAACAUGUCACGUUGUUUCCUUUGACUUCAAAUGGUUGGUGAGAAAUAAACUUUAUACAGAUCCA